AUCCAGAGCGCGGGUUAGUCUCGAGCUCAGUUUAGCUUCACGAUGAGGUUCUACGUCCACGCGCUGAGCGUCCUCGUCGCUUUCACACUCUCCAUAUUUCUCAACAAAGACCAGUUGGGAGAGAGCGCAUUCGUUCCAAUGAGAUGCUUGUGUCCACAGACCAACCCGGUUAUCAGACGUCCCCUUAUUGAUUUCUUAGUGAUCAGGAAAGGCCCACACUGCCCUACAGCUGAAAUCAUAGUCAAGCUGGCGAACAAUAAGGAAUUAUGUUUGAGUCCAAAGGGCCAGCAGGGCAAAAGGCUGCGCAGGUGCUGGAACAGGAGUGAGAAAAAUGGAGGGGAUAAGAAGAAAUGCCUGCAGAGGAGGAGGAGGAAGGCACAGCAGAGAAAGGGGUUGGGGCAGACCCCCGGAAUGGGGGACACUUCCUGAAUGGCUUCAACACGCCCAACUGAUGGAAGAGCAAGGCAUUCUGGGAUUGAGUUGAUUGUGCUGGACCUAUACCUCAGAGAGGACUUCCGCUGCAUAUGCUUAGGGCAUGUUUCAGGAGCUCAAAAUGGCCCCUGGAUCCACCGAGGGUCCAUCACCUGUACAUACAACCACAGAAGAGAUGCCCGGGCUGCUGGUCGGUCUGGUUUGGGUGGGGAGGUACCCAGAAGUCUGUGCGUUUAAAUCCCCACUAUGGCGAAUUGCUUGGUUUUGGACUCUUGACCAAAGUGACUCUUGAAACAAAAUUCCAGUGUGCAAAAGUUUGAAGAAUAUGACUUUUGAAAAGAAGACACAAGAGAAAAACGCUACUUAAAUUAAAGUGGUCUUUCCCACAGAAAAAAAUCUGUCAUUAAUAUAUUAUAUAUGUAUCUUAAAAGGAUACAAAAAGCUUUAAGGAUACAGUGUAGCAUAAAUGUUUUUGUAUGUAACUUUUUUAUUUUAUUAUGUAACUUUAUAAUGCACUUGAAAUGAAAAAUAAACACAACUGAAUUUUUUU